AUGUGUACCUCUGUCGGCCCGGGGGAGGGUGGGGGGCGCUCGCCGGCCUGGCCGUUGCCAGCCGCGCGCCCGACCGUCCGUGCUUGGCGUGCGUCCGCGGCGCGCCGCGGCGAAGUUCGGAUCGAUGUAUGCGCGCCGCCUGGCCGCGUAGUGACGCGCGCCACGCUCCCAUUCCCGGGCCGGCCAAUAAGUAGGCCCGUAUUGGUGGCCAGUUGUUCGCAGUUAGCAUUCUUUGCAGCAACGAACGAAUUUUCUUUAAGUGCAGGUCUCCUUCUGUCGCCGUCCUCUCUGGCUCUGUGUCGAU